AUGGAAAGAUUUAGAAGUGUUCUUGAUGCAUUCAAUCUUGGGGACCUCAGGUACAGAGGUUCCAAAUACACUUGGAGCAACAAAAGGAGCUCACCUGAUUUCAUCAAGGCCAGGCUUGACCGAGCUCUAGUUAACCCUGGCUGGUGUAGCAGACACCCUGAUGUAUUGGUGGAAGUUUUGGCCGCUCGAUCAUCCGACCACAAGCCGUUGUGGAUUCAAUUUAGUGCCCGGCAUAAGGCCAAACAGGGGCCGAGAACUUUCAAGUAUAAGGCUUGCUGGAAUCUUGACUCGGAAUGCAAGGAGGUGGUCCAAGCAGAAUGGAUGAAGGGCACAGCAGGCAUGAGUGCUUUAGGGGCUACUAUGGCAAAGUUAGAUUGGUGCAAGCAGGCUUUGUAUUCUAAGAACCCGAAUAACUUGGAGGAGACUCAAGAAGUACAGGAGGAGAUAGAUCACUUGCUAGAAAUGGAGGAUGUCCAGUGA